AUGAGGGGACUUUAUAAGGAACACUGUAAUACUUUAGGCAUAUAUCAAAAGCCCUACACCCCUUACUUCGAGGGCUAUAACCCAGAGUGGCAGAAUCAUCCCAACUUUAGCUGGAAGUCUGAGAACCAACAACAUGCCCAACAAACUCAAGCUUACAAUGCAUCCCCACGUCAACCCAUGUCCUCUAGGAAUUCCUUAGAAGACACCCUACAUGCAUUCAUCGAGGCACAAGGCAAAACAAAUCAAAAAUUUGAGACUAUGAUUUCCCAGGUAGUUGAGGAAAAAAAAGAGAUAAAGAAUCAUAUGUCUAAAUUAACCAAUGCCUUAGCUGUAGGGGAACGUGAAAAGUUUCCAGCUCAAGCUCAACCAAACCCAAAAGGGCAACACAUGGCACAAACCUCAGGAUCCGAAGAAACCAGUUUUAAGGAAGCGAAUGUCAUAACCACUAGAUCAGGAAAGGUUGUAGAACCAACCCCUUCACCUAGAGAGAACGGAAAAGAGCCAAGUGAGCCUAAUGAGAGCAGUCCCAGUGAGGAAGUUGUAGAAAACCUAGCUAGAAUACCUUUCCCUCAAGCUCUCAAGUCCACUUCGAAAUUAACAGGUCAGCAUAAUGAAAUCCUAGAACAACUCAAACAAGUCAAAAUCAAUUUGCCUUUCUUGCAUGUGAUCUUCCAAGUUCCUACAUAUGCUAAAGUCCUUAAAGACUUAUGCACUAUGAAGAGGAAAUAUCAUGUCAAAAAAAUUGCUUUCCUGACCGAGCAAGUGAGUACUUUGACAGAACAAAGGAUCCCACCAAAGUAUAAGGACCCUGGUUGUCCUACUAUUUCUUUUGUCAUUGGGAAUCGUGAGCUUGCACAAGCCCUUCUUGAUUUAGGAGUUAGUGUCAACCUCAUGCCCUAUGCUAUAUACUUGUUGCUAGUCCUAGGAGAGAUGAAACCCACCUCAGUGGUGCUACAGUUAGUUGACCGAUCCACCAUACGACCAAGGAGAGUAGUUGAGGAUGUGUUAGUUCAAGUUGAUAAAUUUUACUAUCUCGUUGAUUUCUUGGUAUUAGAUGUGAAGGUUGAGGUGGAUGUUAACUUUAAAAUCCCUAUUAUACUUGGUAGACAUUUCCUUGCUACAGCUAAUGCUUUUAUCAAUUGCAAGAAUGGUAUGAUGAAGUUGACAUUUGGAAAUAUGACUCUAGAAGUCAAUAUUUUCCAUAUCACCAAACAACCUACGGAAGAAGAUGAAUGCCAUCAAACCUACAUGAUUGAUGCACUCACUUGGGAGGAAGCACCCACAACAAUUGAUUAUGACCCUUUGAACUCUUUUAUCCUAAGUUCUGGAAUUUCAUGUGGUUUUGAUGUUAAUGAGUAUGCUAAUAUUUGGGAUUUUUUUGCAAAAUUACAGGACCACAGGAUUUUACCAUGGCAACCCAAGUUUGAAGAAUUGCUAGAAAGGACUGGAGGACAGAACCAUCAAGUAUUGAAAGCCCUAAGUGAGAAUUGA